UGGGAAGGAAAAAUGGGAGAAAAAGGGGAAGAUCCCAGGGGAGAGGGGAAAUCAACGGGGAGAAGGAAGAGCCAGUGGGAGGCAGGGGCACCAGGCGGGGACAGAGGGAAACCUUGGAAAAGGGGAGGCGUGGGGCAUAGGGAGAGAAAGGGAAACCAGGGAAGGAACUGGGCAUCUGGAAGACAAAGGAGCCCUGAGUGGAGGAAGCGCACCCCCAGGGAAGAGAAGGAGGGGCUUCUAGGAGGAAGGAGAGGAGCAGGGGUAGGAGGGUUCCCACUUGGGAAGGUGGUGAAAGAGGAAAGAGGGCAAGAGGGUUUGGGAGGUUGGAGGGGGCACUGUGAGGAGUUCCCCAGAGGAAAGAGGGCAGGAGGGCUUAGAAGGUUGGAGGCGGCACUGUGGAGAGGUAGGAGGCCCCCGAUCUUUGAGCACCCAUUCCCCCCUGAAGCCCAGGUGGAAGAGAGUGAACACAGAUGCCAUGGGAGUGGGACCUCAGCCCUUGGUGGCUGAGGGUUUGGCUCCACAGGCUGGGGCUGGAUAUCAGACAGGCUCCCGGCCCCCUGGGGGCUAUGCUGCCCCUCCCAGUGACACCAGCUGAGUCCCAACUUUCUGGCUGCCAGUUUGACUUUCCUGUCCCCCAUGGGCCCUGGUUGCCACUGUUCUGAGGCCAUCCAGUAGUCUUUCUGAUACUCUGUCACCGAGUUGCACUCUUCCAUGAGCUACAUACAGCUCACAGUUUCUGUCUGCACCUCUGGUCACUGCCUGCCUGGGCCUCUGGUAAUUGUCGCUGGUCACUAUUUCUGCCUGUUACUCAGUGUCCUACAGGGCCACCAUUGCAUGCCAACCUGCUUGCCACCCAACGUCCUCACGUUUUCUGUUGCUUGAGAUCACCUUUUCAUGGCCACUAUGUCUGCCUAUCACUCAUGUCAUUGUCACACCAAUAGGCCAUCAACUGUGGCAACAGAUCCUGGGGCAGUUAGGGUGCAGGACGGCUCCCUUCUCCAUUCACUUUCACUCAGUCCCGUCACAGGGCAGCACGCUUCACUCAUUCAACAACUACUUACCGAGUACCCGCUGGGGGCCAGGCAGCUGGGAUCCCACAGUAAACAAGAGGACAAACCCCUGCCUUCAGGAAUCUGAUGUUCUGGUUUCUGAAAGAGUGGUGCAGAGAAGCCUCAGGUAAUUGAGUAUGAAGUGCCAAGACAUAACAAAAUCGACAGAAAUGAGGGUCCCUUCCUUCGCCCAGUUGUACAGGUAGCCAGGCGUUUGUCUCCAGCCUGAGAACUCUGGCUCUUGUUCCUUGUGUCAUCCCAUAUUCCUGCCUGGCCUAGGAUGGACAUCAGCAAGGGCCUCCCAGCCAUCCAGGGAGGCCUCCACAUAUGGAUCACUGAGAACCAGAAGAUGGUGCCGGUACCCGAGGGGGCUUACGGGAACUUUUUUGAGGAACACUGCUAUGUCAUCCUCCACGUUCCCCAGAGCCCGAAGGCCACGCAGGGGGCGUCCAGCGACCUGCACUACUGGGUCGGGAAGCAGGCGGGUGCGGAGGCGCAGGGCACUGCGGCAGCCUUCCAGCAGCACCUACAGGAGGAGCUGGGGGGCCAGACCGUGCUGCACCGCGAGGCGCAGGCCCACGAGUCCGACUGCUUCUGCAGCUACUUCCGCCCGGGAAUCAUCUACAGGAAGGGAGGCCUAGCGUCUGACCUCAAGCAUGUGGAGACCAACUUUUUCAACAUCCAGCGACUGCUGCACAUCAAAGGGAGGAAGCACGUGUCUGCCACUGAGGUGGAGCUCUCCUGGAACAGCUUUAAUAAGGGUGACAUCUUCCUGCUGGACCUAGGCAAGAUGAUGAUCCAGUGGAAUGGGCCCAAGACCAGCAUUUCUGAGAAGGCUCGGGGGCUGGCCUUGACCUACAGCCUCCGGGACAGGGAACGUGGUGGUCGUGCACAGAUUGGUGUAGUGGAUGAUGAGGCCAAAGCCCCGGACCUCAUGCAGAUCAUGGAAGCUGUGCUGGGCCGCAGGGUGGGCAGCCUGCGUGCCGCCACGCCCAGCAAGGAUAUCAACCAGCUGCAGAAGGCCAGUGUUCGCCUGUACCAUGUCUAUGAGAAGGGCAAAGACUUGGUGGUCGUGGAGUUGGCGACCCCCCCACUGACCCAGGACCUGCUGCAGGAGGAGGACAUCUACAUCCUGGACCAGGGUGGCUUCAAGAUCUAUGUGUGGCAGGGACGCAUGUCUAGCGUCCAGGAGAGACAGGCUGCCUUCAGCCGGGCUGUGGGUUUCAUCCAGGCCAAGGGCUACCCGACCUACACCAACGUGGAGGUGGUGAACGACGGCGCCGAGUCGGCCGCGUUCAAGCAGCUCUUCCGGACUUGGUCUGAGAAGCGGAGCAGGAACCAGAAGCUCGGCGGCAGGGAUAAAUUGAUUCAUGUAAAGCUGGACGUGGGCAAGCUGCACACCCAGCCUGAGUUAGCGGCCCAGCUCAGGAUGGUGGACGACGGCUCUGGAAAGGUGGAGGUGUGGUGCAUGGAGGACUUACACAGGCAGCCCGUGGACCCCAAGCGUCAUGGACAGUUGUAUGCAGGCAACUGCUACCUUGUGCUCUACACGUACCAGAGGCUGGGCCGUGUCCAGUACAUCCUGUACCUAUGGCAGGGCCGCCAGGCCACUGCAGAUGAGAUCAAGGCCCUGAACAGCAAUGCUGAGGAGCUGGACGUCAUGUAUGGUGGCGCCCUAGUGCAGGAGCAUGUGACCAUGGGCAGCGAGCCCCCCCACUUCCUCGCCAUCUUCCAGGGCCAGUUGGUGAUCUUCCAGGAGAGAGCUGGGCACCAUGGAAAGGGGCAGUCAGCGUCCACCACGAGGCUUUUCCAUGUGCAAGGCACUGACAGCCAAAACACCAAGACCAUGGAGGUGCCAGCCCGUGCCUCGUCCCUCAACUCCAAUGACAUCUUCUUGCUGGUCACAGCCGGUGUCUGCUACCUCUGGUUUGGGAAGGGGUGUAAUGGUGAUCAACGUGAGAUGGCACGGGUGGUGGUCACUGUCAUUUCCAAGAAGAGCGAGGAAACGGUGCUGGAGGGUCAGGAGCCUCCCCACUUCUGGGAGGCCCUGGGAGGCCGGGCCCCCUACCCCAGCAAGAAAAGGCUCCCUGAGGAGGUCCCCAGAUUCCAGCCACGACUGUUUGAGUGCUCCAGCCAGAUGGGCUGCCUGGUCCUGGCAGAAGUGGUGUUCUUCAGCCAGGAGGACCUGGACAAGUAUGACAUCAUGUUACUGGACACCUGGCAGGAGAUCUUCCUGUGGCUUGGGGAAGCUGCAAGUGAGUGGAAGGAGGCAGUGGCCUGGGGCCAGGAGUACCUGAAGACCCACCCAGCAGGGAGGAGCCUGGCCACACCCAUCGUGCUGGUCAAGCAGGGCCAUGAGCCUCCCACCUUCACUGGAUGGUUCUUCACUUGGGACCCCUACAAGUGGACCAGCCACCUGUCUGACACGGAAGUGGUGGAGGGCAGCCCGGCAGCAGCAUCAACCAUCUCUGAGAUAACAGCAGAAGUCAACAACUUCCGGCUAUCCAGAUGGCCAGGCAAUGGCAGGGCAGGUGCCAUGGCCCUGCAGGCCCUCAAGGGCUCCCAGGACAGCUCAGAGAAUGAGCUGAUGCGGGGCCCCAAAUCGGGUGGCACCAGAACCAGCAGCUCUGUCAGCAGCACCAGCGCCACAAUCAACGGGGGCCUGCGCCGGGAACAACUGAUGCACCAGGCCGCUGAGGACCUGCCAGAGGGCGUGGACCCUGCCCGCAGGGAGUUCUAUCUCUCAGACUCUGACUUCCAAGAUAUCUUUGGGAAAUCCAAGGAGGAAUUCUACAGCAUGGCCACGUGGAGGCAGCAGCAGGAGAAAAAGCAGCUGGGCUUCUUCUGACCCCAAGCCCUCUCGACUGCCCCUACCCCCUCCAACCCCAACAUACCUACAAUGCUGGGGAGGCCCUGCUUCCACUCCCCUCAGAGGCUUCUGGUCAUCCUCUGCUUGUCAGUAAAAGCAGGCAGUCCAUA